AUGGCGCUUACUUCUUCGCGUUUUAUCAAACUUUAUUCAGCUGUUGAUAGUGCAUGGGGUGGACAAAGUACUCUCCGGGUAGUUAAUUAUUUCAUCCCACGCGAUGGUCUACCGCCCCAUCGUGGCGCAGGGGUGACUCUGGGUGUCAAAUUGCGAAGUACAGCGGUUAUUUAUAGCACUUUCUCCAAAGCUGAGAAGGAGUUCGACGUUUCCGGCUCCCCAGAUGCCCAGAUAAGAGUAGGCCAUGCCAGAAGUAACAUCGUCUUGCUGAAUCAGUUGCUAGGUGGUUCCCUGAUCCACACGAGGUCAGCGAAUGCCUAUGGUGAAUGUGGUAGGACCUGUAAGACGGACGUGAGGCAGCUGAGUGAUGGCGCGCUCAUCAUUCGUGGUGAGAAAGUUCCAUUACGGAACGAUGGAGGCGUUGGAUUUGUCGUGCACCCAUCUGUUGUCCAUCUUGUCGUUUCGCAUGAGUUCCUUUCACCUCCCCUGGCUAUCCUUCAACUCCGUCCCCUGCAUUGGAAAACCAUUACUAUCAUCAACGGAUGCUUUUUAUGA